AUGAAUGAACAAUAAAUAAAUUUUUUAAACUCCGCUUGCAAUGUACAAUAAUAAAUUUUUUAUAUUAAAUCUUAAAAGAUAAUUGAAUCUAUUACAAUAUCAACAAUAGGUUUUAAUUAAUAAAUUAAAAGCUUUAAUUUAUGUUCAUUAUAAUUUAAAAUAGAUCCAUACAAACAGGUAGAUAAAAUAUAGGAAAUUAUAAUUUACUUUAAAACAGAAUAUCAAAAGGAGAUUUUAGCUUAUAAAAUGAGAGUUAACAGCUUUUUAUGCCAAUUUGGUGAAUUUUAUAUUUUCUCUGGGUGCCAAAAAUGCUAAUCAGAAUAAGGAUUUUAUUCAGUGACUUAUAAUACUACAAAAUGUUCUCUUUUUGAUAAAAAUAGAUUUGAAGCCAUUACUUCUAAUAAAAUUCAAUUAAAGCCUUGGGUUUUGGAGAACAAGUUAGAUAACUGAUAAUGUAGAAUUAUGAAGAAUGUGAUAGAUAUAAUGUAAGAGGAGAUGGGUAUUUCUUUAAAAAUUAGUAAUAACUGGAUUGUUAAUAAUGUGAAUAACUUUCAAAAAGGUUGAUAGCAUUUUUCUAAGUAUCAAUAUGGUAAAUAUAAUUAAUAUUUAUUAAGGGCUAUUUUUUCUACACUUUUAACUAUUAGAAGUGUUGAAAGAACAAAUUAACUAUAUGUUUAGCUAAAACUUAAUUAAAAUUAAAAAUUUGUUGAAAUUUUAUUCAAACUCCAACAAGGUAUAAUAAAAUAUGUAUAUAAGAUAAUGAAAGUAUUUUACUCAAAUUAUUUCUUAAUUAUUUAUGAAUUUUUAUCACUCAUCUUUGCAUUCAAUUUUAAUUUUUGA